AUGCCCUCGUCCUCAGAAAUUGCCUCACUCCGCGCCACAUUGAAAGAACUGGCUAGCCAGGCAGAACAGGUCGAGCUGGAACUCAGUGAAGAGCUCGAGGCAGUUCGUCUGUCUUCUCACUAUACCACGACCGAGGAAUCAUGCAGCACACCAGACUUCUUCACCGGCGAUACCACGACGAACUCAACCGCAUCAGAGUCCUCGGUCUUUUCACACCAGUCUUUCAGUACCCCCCUUGGUUUUUUGCAGGCUGCACUGCCGCAUGUCUCCAUAGGAAGGCUCAGAAAUGCGCUGAGUGAAGCAGAGUACGGAUACGCAGACGAAAUCAAUAUGGAAUCUGUGGUGGAAAACAUUCUGACGAGCGAAUACCUGCGGGAGCUCGAGGAGAGGGGUCUCGAUGCGCUGGAUGCGGAUGAGCCUGGAUUUCCGCUUGCUGGAACGGAUUUUCUAUGGAAAACAGUAGAGUCUAAGAAGAAAUCUCCUACAAAUGGCAAGGCAGGAAAACGAAAGAAUGUUCGAGGCAAGACCGUAACUCUUGUGGAUAUACGACAGAAGCAGCAUAUUCGAGGAACCCCUUCCAAUGGUCUUAACGGCAAUUCUAUCGCAUCAGCGCCUCCCCCUGAUCCAUGGACUCAGCUGUCUUCCUUGUCAUCCCACCUCGCCACACUCCUCCCCCCAAGCACGGCAUCUUUCUUCCAGUCUUACUUUCAUUCGCCGGAGCACUCUUCACCCGCCAAAGCCCUUCGUGCAGCACUAACCAAGAUUGCCGAGUCCAGUGGGCCUUCCUCGCCCAGUGAGGGAACCACCGUAUUUUUCACCAUGCUUGACAUCCUACGCUCCUCUCCUGCUUAUGACACACUUGACAAUGAACAACGGUCGAUGGUAUUAUCAGAUGCUAGAUUAGCCCUAAACGCGUGUCGCGGCCGUGGUGACGAUGCUAUUGACAUUGUCUGGUUACUACAUGAACUUGACACCGAUUUUGACUCAGGUUACCUUGGAAUGGGGGUCUACCAUCAACUCCCUCCGUCUGCGACAUCUUCUUCCGUCAGUGAAUCUUCCGCUUGGUUUGUACCUCUGGUAUCUCAGGCCGUUUCCCCUGCAUCUCCACGAACGAAUGGCGCCCUCUCAAAACUAUCGACGGGGCCGCCAUCUGUUCAUCCACCCCCUACUUCCAAACGGAAGUUGUCACUAACGUCCCCAACAUCGCCCAAACAAAACCCAUUCGAGUGGCAGUCAAUCCCUCCGAAGAAACCACCCAACAACGGUGUACAUCCCCUAGCAGACCACAUACCUGCAUACAGCAAUGACCGUGUCUUGGUCAAUGGAAAAUUGCGACACAACGGUAAGGAUAACGACCGGCGUCGGCAAGACUUUAAGAGAAGAAUGGCGGAUAGUUUGAAGAAGCGGGAUGAGCUCCUGAGAGAGGCUUCGAAAGCUUGGAGCCAAGGCAACUCCAAGUCGAGGGGAGGAGAAGUCGCUUUGUACUUUGCGGAACGGGCUCGUGAGUUCCAGGAAUUGGCGAGACGGGAAGCAUUGGAUGAAGCCAGAAUGAUGGUUGAGUCCAAGAGAUCUAUGGCAACGGACCGUAAUACCAUAGAUCUCCACGGAACUUGUGUUGCAGAAGCUGUCGUCAUAGCCAAAGAAAUUCUUGAGCGGGAAGGGGCUUCACCCGUAAAGCCACUGAGAAUUAUAACGGGGCGUGGGACACACUCCGCGAAUAAGACAAGCGUCCUUAAACCAGCUGUGAAGAGCGCGCUUGCUCAAGAGGGAUGGCAUGUCGGCGUAUGGGACGGUGGCUUGGUUGUCCGCGGACGAAGACCUGGAUUCUAGGGAUGCAAUCGCAUCGACUUGCUCGGAGCAGGGUUUUUACGUGCGGAACCCUACGGCACGGGCUUCUCGCCCUUCCUUGGGUUUACUUGGGUUUUGGUUUACGGAUGCAUAUAUAUAUUUUUCUCGAGGGUUUGCUGUUACUCACUGCUGUAUUGCACCGACCGUCGAUACCCUAUUUUGUACUGUGUAGCCGUAUCAGCGUCCUCUGACAUCUCCAUAGCCUUAUAGCAAUAGAAUAUUGUCAAGAAUUAUA